AUGAACUACAAGCACAUUGAAUAUGGUCUUUUCGCCUUUCUUUUCUUUCCCUUCUUCAGACACAGUGUUAUGCCUACGGACAUCAAAACAAAGCUGACAUAUCUCCAUUGGCAACCCACCUAUACCCAGACUCGACCAUAUCGAAUCGCCCAAUUCGGCCGCAAGAAGAAAAAUGACGAGCAGGCCCACAAUCUUGUCUUCCGCAAAGGAGACUUUGCUGAGACUAUUCACGAUAUUAGAGGUGUAAAUGAAGAUACAAAGUAUACCCUCGAGACAAACGGGUUUGUCUAUGCCAGGCAUCCCCCGCCAAUAUUCACACAACCCAAGGACUUCCUCGACCCAGACCAGGUUCGGAAUGUCUUUUUACCGGAGUGUGAAGCAAUCCUACGAAAGGAGAUUGAGGGCGUUGAGCGGGUUUUCAUUUUUGAUUGGAAAAUCAGGAAGAAGAAAAGUGCGAAAGAGCGAAGAACGAGGAAUCCGAAUUUGCUGAAAUUUGCUCGACAAGUCCAUGUCGACACUCUUCUUACUCGAGAUGAACUCAAGACCUCGUUGACAGAGCGCAUCCGCAAUCAUCUCCCGAAAGAAUCACAUCAUCUGCUGACUGGCCGAGUGCAAAUGAUAAACAUCUGGCGACCAAUAGGUGGACCAGUUGAAGACGACCCCAUUACUGUGUGCGAUGGACGAACCUUUGAUACAUCUAAGCUGGUUGAAACUGAUAUGAUCCGUGGCGAUUAUAAUGGUACUCUCAUGUACCCUUUAUAUGACCCUAGUCAUGCCUGUCGGUGGUACUAUAUGAGCAGACAGGAUGUCGAAGACGUGCUGUUGUUCAAGAGUUUUGACUCGAAAGAAGGUAGCGUCAAACAUGUCCCUCAUACAUCAUUUUCAAUGCCUGAUGUCCUGGAGGAUGCACCCUCGAGGAUUAGUGUCGAGAUCUCAAGCUAUGGAUAA